AUGGGUUCAUCUGAUCAUUCGGUUCUUUCCUCUAUUCGCCUCAGCCUGGUUAUGGUUGCGCUAUGCCUUGCUGUAUUCCUGACUGGGAUGGACCAAACAAUCCUCGCGACAGUGACCCCGUCAUUAACGAGCGAGUUCCACAGCAUCGAUGAUCUGGGGUGGUGGACUGCCGCAUACCUGACCAUGCUCAGCGUAUUCCAGAUUCCGUAUGGCAAGCUCUACAGUCUGUUUUCAAUCAAGAUCGUCUAUCUUUCGGCGAUUGGGAUUUUUGAAAUAGGCUCUCUAGUCUGUGCUACGGCGCCUAACUCCAUUGCCAUGAUUUUUGGUCGCGCGAUUGCCGGCGCUGGAGCGGCUGGCAUUUUUACCGGUGGAAUCAUGAUCACCACAAAGAUUAUCCCGCUCGAUCGCCGUGCCUCCUACCUGGGUAUCAUGUCCGCUGCCUUUGGUGUUGCUGCCAUCGUAGGACCUUUCAUCGGGGGCGCCUUUACGGACAGAUCUACAUGGAGAUGGUGCUUCUACAUCAACCUACCACUGGGGGGCUUGAGCAUCUUGGUAUGUUUUUUGCUCGUGAAUACACCGGUGGACUCCUCAAUCGCCUCACUGUCAUUGUGGGAUCGAGUCCGCCAAUUUGAUAUCUUUGGGAUGGUCAGUAUGAUGGGUGGCAUCGUUUGCUUGCUCCUGGCACUCCAAUGGGGCGGUACCCAGUACCCCUGGAAUAGUGGAAGGAUUAUUGCAUUGCUGGUGGUGGCUGUACUCCUCAUGGUGGCAUUUGUUCUCCUUCAGAUAUUUGUCCCCGGGUCCAAAACCAUCCCCCGCAGCGUUUCGAGACAUGCGUCGGUAUGGCAUGCCGUCGGAUACGCCAUGUGUAUCACGGGAGGGAUCUACGUGGCCAUCGUCUACAUUCCAGUGUGGGUGCAGGCGGUACAACACAAAUCAGCCCUGGAUUCAGGGAUCAUGCUGACUCCACUGAUCGUUGGUUACGUCGUAUUCUCCGUGAUCGCUGGAGUCCUCACUUCCGGGGUGGGCUAUUACAACCCACCAAUGAUCCUGGGGACCAUCCUGGCGAGCGUUGGUGCUGGGUUAUUAUCGACCCUGUCCACCAACACCUCUAACGGGUGUCUAAUUGGGUACCAGGCAUUGUACGGUAUUGGUGUCGGGCUAGGUUUUGGCCAGCCUAGCUACGUCGUGCAAACCGUAUUAUCUGAGGCAGAUAUCCCGAUUGGUGUGACCUUAGUGACUCUUGUCCAACACCUAAGCUCGGCUAUCUUCGUCGCGGUCGCUCAGGGAGUCUUCCAAAACACCCUUGCGCACACCGUCCGGUCACUGGCGCCAGGUGUUGACCCUGCGAAGCUAACAAAGCUGGGCGCGACGCAGCUGAGUCAGUUCGUAGACGAUCAAGACAUGCCACACGUUCUAGAGGCGUACAGCACCGCAAUUGCACGGACGCUCUACAUCCCAAUGGCCCUCAGCUGUGCAUCCGUGCUAGGGGCCUGUCUCACACCAUGGAUUUCAAUGAAAAAAGCCAAGCCACAGCCAACAGAAAAACAGCCGACAGAAGACAAGCCGACAAAGGAAAAAGACGGUUGCACAUCAGGGGUUAACGAGGCCUAG